CGUGAGCGUCGCAAUUGGUCUACAGACUUUGUGGAAAGGCGGGAAUGUCUCUUUACUUAGAUGACUAUCUGUACGUCUGUGCCCCUUCUAUACAUGAUAUCACACUUGGCACAGUUUAUUUUGAACGGUAGGUAGGUUACAGUCGUGGCAAUAGUACACAUCCCGUAAACCAAUCGCUACAGCCGUCGUGGAUCUCAGUACUAUAACUCUCAGGAACAUGAGUUUUGGCAAGCUUCAUUGAAUGCGUGGUGUGUAGGAAGACGUAUAAUAACCCAACCUUCUAGUCUACUAGAUUUCAGGCAUAGAUAACAUCGACAUAUUCCUUCAUCUUCAACACAACUCGCCUUUCGAAGCAACCCCAAAAUACCAGCCAAUAUCUCAAAAUGCGUUUCACGCCUAUUCUCUUGUUGAGCGCCCUUUCUAGCGCAGCCCCGCUAAGUUCAAGCCAUGUGGCGAGCCCUGAUGCCGUCGACUUCAGCUCUGUGGGCGACGCAUACAAGCGCAGCAGCAAGAAUCCUGAUGAAGUUGACUUCGGGGCUGUCGGUGAUGCCUAUAAACGCAGCAUCAAAAACGCCGACGAGGUGGAUUUUGAGGCAGUUGGUGAUGCAUAUAAACGCGGUACUAAGAACCCUGAUGAGGUCGACUUUGGUGCUGUGGGUGAUGCAUACUAGAGGCAGGUCUAGAGUGAUGGGGUGAACAGGCCUUGCCUGAUGGACGGCGCGUACUGAAGGACUAUGGUAUCACCCGUCUAUUGGCUACGAAUUCUUAAGAGCUAGCUCAAGCGCGAGGGAAUCUUGAUGCAAGGAUGGCGGCACGCAAGGAAUAAACUUCUAAGGCCGAAUGCCGUGGGGGAGCUGUGUAUGGAGGACGAACAUGGCACGGGGGGCUUGUUCUUGGUCUUCUUGCCAAACAAUAUACUCGUUGAACUCAUACCGCAAGUCCGUGGAAAUCUAUCAUGUGCUCAGACUAAACGCAACCUUCCCCUGCAAGUCGGUUAACUGUCGAAGGGGCGCAGUGCAAUAUCAGGGGCAGAGUAGUUGCUGGCAGUCUCCUGGUGGUAUAGCUCCGUUCAUUGACUAAGAGAUGGUAAAAGUUGAAGUACCGGUAUC